GAUAACCGACAGCUCCGUCAGUUUAUAUAUGUAUAUAGUCUUUUGAAGCAGUAAGAUCGCUAAUGAAUCUAUUGGAUUUAAACUUAUAUCUGGUUCAACAAGUACGAUAUCCAAGUGAAAUUUAAUAUGACAUUCUUAAAACUAUUAUUAAGUAGUAAUCUGAUAUGCAUUGCCGCAAAGGCAAUAGCAAUUCCUAUUGAUAAAAUAUCAGAAAGAACACGAAGCCAUGCAUUAAUCGAUCAAUUAUCAAAUUAUGUACUGCCGAUACAUUAUAAUGUGAAGUUAGAAUUGAACGACGAAUACCUCAUUGGCGAAUAUGUAAUUACUAUUUAUAUUACUCAUGUAACACAACAAAUAAAUUUCCAUAUGGAUCUAAUGAAUACAAACAAGAAUAUGAGAUUGAUAUUAUAUAACAAUGAAGGGAAUUAUAAAAUAUCAACAAAGGAUAUUUUUAAAGAUAUUGUAAUGCUCAAAUUCAAGAAUGUCUUGUUAAUUGGAAUGUAUUAUCUAAAGAUAAAUAUUAAAAUUCCAAUUAGUAUCGUAAGAAACUCUGUCGGAUCUUCGUAUAUAAACAACGAUGGAAAUAAAGAGUGGUUAAUCACAAUAGGUGUUCAUACAAGAAAACAGCAAAUAUUUCCAUUUUGGAACAAGCCAGAAUUAAAAACUACUUUUAAUAUUUCCAUAAUGCAUCAUAGAAAAUACACAAUUUUGUCGAAUAUACCAAAACAAAAAUCUGAAUUGAUAUUUAAUGAUACGAGAAUAUAUUACGAGAAUAUUUUGAUUUCUAUGGAUAAUAUAGCAUUUGUAGUGUCGGAAUUUCAGCAUAUCAACUUGACUGAUGCUAUUAGCAUGUGGUGCAAGUCGCAAAUGAUACCACAUGUAAAUUUUGCGCUACGUGUUAUUAAAAAUGUUACUAUGUAUUUGGAAAAUUAUUGGCAAAAUUCGGAGGGAUUUUUUAAGUGGAUCCUUGUUUCAUCUGAAAAAAAAGUAGAUCAUGUCAUAAUUCCGAAUUUACAAGAUGAAGACAAACAGAUUUUGGGAUUCGUCUUUCACAGAGAAGCAGACAUCAUGUACAAUGAAGAAAUAGAUUCGUCCGAACGCAAAAUGAUAAUUGCACCCUUAAUAGCACGUAAGAUAAUACAAAAAUAUAUUGGCAACCUGCUAGAUCCAUAUAGGUUUCAAUGGUUGAACGAAGGCUUUAUUAUAUUUCAACAAGUAUAUAUUAUUGAUGAGAUUGUGUCAGAUUUCCGAAUGAUGGAUUUGUUUAUAGUUCAAUUUCAACAUGAAUUACUCGAUCUCAAUACUUACAUCGAUAUAAACCCUGUUAUAAAAUGUGAUAAUUAUCCUGAAAAUUAUAUAUACAGUUUUCUUUCCCAUAUCAAAAGUUCCAUCAUAUGGCGCAUGUUAGAACGAAUAUUGUCGCCUAAUAUAUUUUCAAAAGGUAUCAACAUAUAUUUGAACAUUCAAUAUACUGAGAUGGGAAGAACUUCCGAUAGUUUAUGGAUUUCUAUCCAAAAUGUCAUAGAUGAAUUAGAUGCCGAGUAUCAGUUUAAUGUAAGAAGCGCGGUAGAUUCGUGGUCCAUGCAGAGUUUUUCCGUAUUGAAAGUGAUGCGAAAUUAUUUAAGCAAUGUUACAACUAUAUCGAUACAAUUUCGCAACAAGUUGGAUGAAAAACAAUAUUACAUACCUGUGACUUAUACUACGGAAUCGAAGCCUAAUUUUACCAUAACUUGGUCAAAUAUUCAAUGGUUAACAUCUUCCAAUCCAAAAAUUGAAAUCCCUCUUAGAGAAGAUCAAUGGAUAAUUUUAAAUUUACAACAAGCUGGAUACUAUCGCGUCAAUUAUGACAACGAAAAUUGGUUAAAAAUUGCGCGAUACUUAAAUUCUGAAGAAUAUAGUAAUAUACAUGUUCUCAAUCGGGCGCAAAUCAUCGAUGACGCAUUCUAUUUUGCGAUAAAAAAAAGUAUUAAAUUCUCCUUAUUUUGGGAACUCGCUAUAUAUUUGCAAAAAGAAAAAGAUUAUAUAGCAUGGUAUCCUAUGAUCAAAGCUUUGGAAUUUAUGUCGAAUGCUUUCGCAUUCUCAAAAUUUUACUCUCAAUUCCAGAAAAUAAAAGAGCCACUUAAUGCAAUAAACUUGUUCGAUGAAGAUACCAAUGAUGAUCAUGUUAAUUGUUUAAAACUAGAACUCGCAAAAUGGAAAUGUAUCAUAAAUGAUACGUCGUGCACAACAUGGGCCAAUCAUCAAUUACAAUGGCAUUUGAAAAAUCCCGAAGAAAACAAACUUUUGCCUGGAUGGAAGAGGUGGACAUAUUGUAAUGGUUUGAAAACGGCAAAUCGUGAUACAUGGGAUGAAGCCUUUAAAAUUGUAGAUGAAACUGAUCACAUAAUUUUAGAAUGUCUUGCUUACAUUGAAAAUAAUUCUGAAAUCAUAAUUGAUUAUUUAGAGAGAAUAACAGCUUUAUACAUUUCUUCUAAUUUAACUCAUCAUCAAUCCAUUUCAAUAAAGCAACCUGAAACUUUAGCUAAUAUUAUUUUUUUGACUCUUGCCAGAAAUACUAAGCAUAUGCUUGAAGACGUAUUAAAUAUUUUGAAAAAAAUUAUAUAUAGACGUAUCAAUCAGGUUGCGGCAAUAACUGUUAUAAUUAACAAUGUGUAUUCUGAAGAACAGUUGAACAAGAUAAAAAAAUUCAUUAUAAAAGAGAUUGAAGCACCAGUUUUUUCCAAUUUUGAACGCAAGAUAAAAACACGCUGGUCACAGAUUAAAAAGCAGACAAAAUAUCUUCAAUCUGUAUUCCUCGAUUAAAAAUAUAAAAAUCUAUAAUGCGUCCAACUGUUUCAAAAUCAAAAACAGCACAAAUGUUUGAGACAAGAUAUAUAAAUUGAC